UAUUGAUCUGUUAUUGCAUCAACAACAUGGAUAACGGGACAGGUCCGCCAACAUCACAAGAAACGUUACUAUUGCAUUAGUUGCAAUUACAUAGCAGGUAAGACAUCACAUUUGGGUUGUACAAUGGGAAACUAGCUAUCAGAUCAUUUUAUAAUCAAGUAAAACGUACUCAGGAGCAGGCCUAGCUUGCUACACUUCGGGAUGGUCAGAAUUAUGGCUACUGUUAGCUAACAAACAACUACAGCAACAAGCUAACUAACGUUAGCCGAAGUUAGCCAGCUAGCUGAGCUAAAUUGAUCUCUCCCUGGCUUUCAAUGGGGACAGUUGUUUUGACCAUGCCUAUAGCUAGUUGGUGAUUGGCAUAAAUGGUCAUGUAGUUUUAUAGCCUGCUGAAAUGGUAGCCUAUGGAUGUUAAGCUAGCUAGCUAGCCUGCUAAGCUAACUAGUCUCUCCUCACUGUCCCUGUGACACUCCUCUGCCUGUGGUGAAGCACCCGGCUGAGUCCAAAGAUUAUGACAACUAGCUAACGUUAACUAGCAUUCAGUCCAAAUAUUAUGAUAAGGUUUCCCCCUUUCAUAUGUGCUGAGUCAGGCGAGAAAGGCUAACUGCUAUUGCUAAACAGCUGUUUCUGCAGGGACCGUCGCUACUUCAAUGGCCCACGGGUGAUGCAAAGAACGAUGCGGCACCACUGGCUGCUCGUCGGGGCUUGCGGCUGGGUGUUGCUCAUCCUGGUGUUUGCCAACAAGUUUAUCAAUUUCAACGCCAGAGACACGGAUGGUAAAUUAUCAGACUGAAACCUGAUAGUUUUUCUCAUCAAUACUAGCUAGCUAUACCUUUCAGUUAGAGUUGUAGCUAUAGCUACAGGACAGCUAAACUGUUAGAUGUAAUUGUCUACUCUAUCCUCCUUGGAAUUGUCUUGUGAUCUCUUGGUGUCUUGUGUUUCAGACUAUGGGGAGAAGACCGAGAUUCAAAUUUGGACACAACCAGGAGUUAAGACCACCAAAUUGCUUCCAGCUCAGAAAUCAGAAAGAAGAGCUCCCAAGUCAUCAGACGUGGUAGGUGUUGUGUGUGUGCCCUUGAAACAGAAUCCUCAGUUCCUUGAAUUGUGUGUGUGUGUCAGUCCACAGUUGGCCCCUCCUCCAUGUCCGACCCAACAGACUGGAACACUGUGGAGACGAGGCGUCUGGAGCUGCUGUCCGCCGUGUGUAACAACAACUCCCUCAGGAACCUCACUCACACCUCAAUCAACAAGUUUGUCUUGGACCGCAUCUUUGUGUGCGACAAGCACAAGAUCCUCUUCUGCCAGACCCCCAAAGUGGGCAACACUCAAUGGAAGAAGGUCCUCAUCGUUCUCAAUGGUUAGUGAGGGAGGGCAGUAGGGAGAGAGUGAUAGUGUCAGUGAGUGACUGGGGGGGAGUGAGAGAGGAAGGAAGGAAGAGAGUGACGGAGUGUCAGUCAGUGAGUGAUGAUGAUGAUGAGUAGAAGUUGACUCAAAACAUAAGCUUAUCUGUCUGUAAAUUGUAGUGGCCUCGAUGCCAGUGAAAAAGGACAAUAAACUUGUGUUCUUCACUGUCCUUUUGCCCCUCAGGAGUGUUCUCCACUGUGGAGGAGAUCCCAGAGAACCUGGUUCAUGACCAUGAGAAGAACGGCCUGCCCCGCCUCUCCUCUCUGACAGAGAAAGAAAUCACUGAAAGGUUAAGGCCCUGCUCCAAUACUUCAGAAAUGCAUCCUACCUUCCUUCCUUGAAGUAAUCACAGAUCUGAAUUAGUUAGAUUGGUUAAAGUAAUAAGCUGGUAAUGUAGGCUACCCUUGCUUAUACCUACCCAAUCACUUGCUAUCGUAAGAUGAAUGCACUAAUUGUAAGUCGCUCUGGAUAAGAGCGUCUGCUAAAUGACUAAAAUGUUAUAGAGCUGUGCUUAGGUCAAGGAAGGAAGGUUGAACACAUUUACUGACUUGUUUGGCCCUGCCCUGUAUUCCAUUGUGGUGUUAUGAUUAUAUUUCUAUGGGACUGACACUGCUUUUUGUUUUAUCUCGCCAGGUUAGCCACAUACUUCAAGUUCUUCAUCGUCAGAGACCCGUUCGAGCGCCUCAUCUCCGCCUUCAAGGACAAGUUUGUGAAGAACCCGCGCUUCGAGCCCUGGUACAAGCACGACAUCGCUCCCGCCAUAAUCCGCAAGUACCGCAAGAGUCACCGUGACAACGACAACAACAAGGCGACCACGGGCCUGCGCUUCGAGGACUUCAUCCGUUACCUGGGUGACGAGCCUGGGCGCCGACGCAUGGACCGUCAGUUCGGGGAGCAUGUUAUCCACUGGGUGACGUACGCGGAACUCUGCGCCCCCUGUGACAUCACGUACAGCGUCGUGGGGCACCACGAAACUCUAGAACGCGAUGCCCCCUACAUCCUCAAAGCUGCCGGGAUAGACCGCCUGGUAUCGUACCCCACAAUCCCCCCGGGGAUCACCCGUUACAACCGGACCAAGGUGGAGCGCUACUUCUCAGGCAUCAGCAAGCGGGACGUCAGGCGUCUAUACGCCCGGUACCAAGGAGACUUCAGCCUCUUCGGCUACCCCAGCCCGGACUUCCUGCUAAACUGAAUGACAACGACACUAAAGAAAGACUGUUGUGUUGCAAUGAUAUUAUAAUAUAAUGUUUCUCUAAUCUAACAUGCAUCUUAAUCAGUGUGUGGUUUACUGAAGAGGUAGGGAGGGUGUAGCCAACUAGCUGCCUAGCCUGGCUGCUCUAACUAGGAGCCAUAGUAGAGACUAGUGAUCCCCACCGUCCGGGUUCAAGCCCGGCCAGGGAGGGAUGGAGACUACAGGUUGGUCUGAUAUAACAUGCUGAUCUGCUGUAGGAUGAUCGUCACUCCUCUACCUGGCUGACGGUACUUCCUGCCUCGACCUAGCAACUUUUCCUGCCUCUACCUAGCAACUUUCACCAUGGGCGAUGACUGUACUACAUGUCUCUACUUCCUGGUAGCCGUCACCAUGGUGGUCAUGAAUGGCAUGAGGAUUGAGGUGAUGGAGAGUUACUCACUAUGGUCACGGUUAAUGGCUGUAUUCGCCAUACGACCAAUGAAUUAAGUGCCACAUUUUAAUGUUAUUUAACAAAGCUUUUUGUAUUAUAAUAAUGAGUUAAUUUAAAGCAGAGAUUACUGUUACAUACUGUGCUAAAUGGUACUCUCCUCUGUACUACUUCCACACAAAGCAGAUCUGCUGCUGGAACUGCAUUAUGGACUAACAAUAUAGUGGGUCUGGGAGACAGUAGCCUGGUUAAACCAGACUGAAU